AUGGUUCAUUUCGGCAUUCUCUUUCUGUGCGGUCUCUUCGGACUUGCCGCUCUUGCUUCUGCUCAUCCAGGACAUGAUGUUCACUCCGAAGCCUCCGAACGUGCCCAAUUCUUGAAGAGAACACCCAUCGAGAAGCGCAGCCUAUCUCACUGUGCGAAUCACCUAAAGUCUCGUGGUCAUGAGGCUGCCAACGUAGCUCGUCGUGUGCACACUGCUCAGCAGAUCAUUCGCAAGAGAGAUGUUGGUAUCGCUCCCCGUGGGCUUAGUAGUUUAAAUACCACCCAUCACUCCACUCUACAUGGAUUAUCUCCAUUUACAGAACCCGAGGUGUUGUUUUCAUCGAAUGCUACCUGUGUCCUUGGUGAGGAUACAACUGAAGGACCUUACUACGUCUCUGGUGAACUAAUCCGUCAGAAUAUUGUUGAGGACCAGGCGGGUGUGCCGCUAUUCCUGGACCUCCAACUAAUUGAUACCAAUACUUGCGAGCCCCUUUCUAAGGCUUAUAUUGACCUUUGGCACUGCAAUGCCACGGGCAUCUACUCGGGAGUCGUCGCUGGGAGUAAUGGCAACCCGACUGAUUUGGGUAAUAUCAAUAAGACGUUCCUUCGCGGCAUACAGCAAACCGAUGCGAAUGGAGUGGUGCAGUUUGAAACCAUCUUCCCUGGCCACUACACUGGUCGUACUGUCCAUAUCCAUGUUUUGAGUCAUACUGCCAACGAGACUAUCCGCCUUGCCAACGACACGAUUUCGGGGCUGUAUUCUACCCACGCCUCGCAUGUUGGACAGCUCUUCUUCGACCAACAUCUGAUUUCCAACGUUGAGGCGAGCUCUUCUUAUACCGCUAAUGAGCAGGCUUUAACUGCCAAUGAUGAGGACUAUAUCUUGCUUCAGGAGGCUGAAGAUAUCGACCCUUUUAUGCAAUAUGUGCUUCUAGGAGAGACCAUCGAGAAUGGAAUCUUCGCCUGGGCUUCUAUGGGCAUUGACUCUACUGCAGAUAAAUCUGUCAGCAUUGCCAGUUAUCACACCGAGGGCGGGGGUGUUAAGAACAAGAACCCUACAUAUGUCUCUCAUAACCAGUCUCCUACCCCAUAA